CGCUUAAUUAUUAAGCGCUCGUCCGCUUGUGCUCUGAAACCCCCAACUCCCCCACCGCCAUGGCGAUAUCGUUGCCGGAAGCAGCCACUCUCGUCGCGGGCAAAGACCUGGAAUCACCUCUCUCGUUCUCGAAUGUUCACCUCCAAAAGGUACAUCAUUUGACCGACUACCUUGAAGACCUCCACGCCCAAACUAACCCACUUGACCAUAAUCGCUACUUCCACGCCACCGAAGGCUUCUACGUCUCCCCUACCGACGUUGUCCUCGGCCAGGUCGCCCAUGACCUCUCGGGGAAAUUCUCUUCACCUACUCCCCCACUCGCGUACCACAGGGCUGGCCCACGCAAGGAUAUCUUCUUCGAGCCCCAAAACACGCGAGCCGCCAUUAUCACCUGCGGUGGCCUAUGUCCCGGCAUGAAUACUGUCAUCAGAGAGCUCGUGGUGGGCCUCUGGGAGCUCUAUGGAGUGAGGAAAAUUUAUGGGGUAGUGGCUGGUUACAGAGGGUUUUAUAGCAUGGAACCUAUAGAGCUCAAUCCCAAACUUGUGCAUAAUUGGCAUAAGAGAGGUGGAACUGCUCUUGAGACAUCGAGGGGUGGAUUUGAUCUUGACAAGAUCGUUGAUUCCAUUGAACAUCACGAGUUCAAUCAGGUUUACAUCAUAGGCGGAGAUGGAACAAUGCGUGGGGUUGUGAAAAUAUUUAAUGAGAUUCUUCGUCGGAGACUGAAAGUUGGAGUUGUUGGAAUCCCCAAAACUGUUGACAAUGAUGUCGGCAUCAUUGAUCGAUCGUUUGGAUUCCAGACUGCAGUAGAAAUGGCCCAGCAAGCAAUCAGUGCCGCUCACGUGGAGGCUGAGAGUGCAGUAAAUGGAAUAGGCCUUGUGAAGCUAAUGGGUCGAAGCACCGGGCAUAUAGCCCUCCAUGCGAUACUGAGUAGCCGUGAUGUGGAUUGCUGUCUAAUUCCGGAGGAUAAAUUUUACUUGGAAGGAAAAGGAGGGCUUUUUGAAUUCCUUGAACAGCGGCUGAAAGAGAAUGGACAUGCCGUACUGGUUGUUUCCGAGGGGGCAGGACAAGAUAUGAUACCGAGAAGCGAUGCCCAAAAAGAAGAGAGGGAUGAAUCUGGCAACUUGGUAUUCUUAGAUGUCGGUCCGUGGUUGAAGUCAGAGCUCAAGAAUUGGUGGGCUAGAGAUCAUCCAAAUGAGUUGUUUACAGUGAAAUACAUAGAUCCCACAUACAUGAUUCGAGCAGUUCCAGCAAAUGCUACAGACAAUUUGUAUUGUACCCUUCUGGCCCAUUCGGCGAUUCAUGGUGUUAUGGCUGGUUACACCGGCUUCGUUGCUGGUCCUAUCAACGGCAUCUAUGCAUAUAUUCCAGUGGAGGAGGUGGCGAAGUCAAAAAAUGAAGUGAACACAAAGGACCAUAAAUGGGCAUGGGUGAGAUCUGUCACCAAUCAGCCUGAUUUUCUUAAGGGCUAAACCAUAUGAACCACAGUGAAUCAAACCCACCCCUAUAUAAAAGCUUCUUCUGGGUUUUUGAUAUAUAAAAUCUCUGGAGCUUCUUCUUCUUCCCUUGUCGUAAAGAUGAGAUUGAAAGCUGUUUCUAGAUCGACAGAUUGUUUGUUUUGAUACAAAUAAGAAUAAAGAUUCUGUCGUUUUCUA